GGCGGAGGGACGAGGCCGCCCCCGCCGGCCCGCCUCUCGGUGUCGGGCAGCGCCGGCACAGCGGGCCGCGGGGCCGGGGAGCAGCGCCGGAGGGCAGGGGGCGGCCGGCUGAGGGGAGCCGCCGAGCCGGGAGGCACCCGAGGCGGGCAGGUGCACCGGCCGCAGGCCGAGGGGCUCUUGAAGGGAGAUAAAAUUACCGGGUGCUGCUCGAGAUUUAAAAGCCGAAUCCCGAAAUGAGGAAGGUUUUCUUCGUGGAGCCGGUCAUUUUCAUCUACAUGUUUGCUUCCUACUUGACUAGCCCGGUGGUGCAGCAGUUUAUUUACCGGAGGCUGUGGGAAGAGGAGUACAAUUCCACUUUCAUUAGCAGUAGUAAUACUAGUUACUGCGAGCAAAACAAAAGUAGCCCAGCUUAUAUCAAGCAGAAGGGAGUUCAAGAAAAGACUUCUCUAUUUAAUAUGCAGCUGGACUUAACUGGGGCAGUUCCCAGCCUCAUAGUUGCCUUUAUCAUUGUAGCUAACAGCGAUCGCCAGGGACGAAAAAGAUCUUUAGUUUUACCAUCAAUGGGAGCUUUGAUUGCAGAUAUUUUCCGGACUUUAAUAUCAUAUUUUUCCUUGUCACUCUCUAUCCUAUUCGCGGUUACGUUUAUUUCUGGACUGUUUGGGAGUAUGGCAACUUUUCUUGGAGGAGGCUUCGCUUACAUAGCAGAUCUGUGUCAUGAUGAGAAGCAGAAAACAACGCGAAUAGCUGUGGUCGACUUGAUUUUUGGAGUUGUAUCCGGAUUGGCAGGACUGUCUUCUGGCUACAUUUUAAGAGAAAUAGGCUUUAUGUGGACAUUUGUGACAGCAUCUCUGCUUCAUGUUGUUAAUAUUAUCUAUAUUAUAUUUUUUCUGGAAGACACAGUAAGCAUAUCUGAAACCCAGCAACAGGCACAAGUAUCUUAUAAAGAACUUCUAAAAGAAACAUUUUCUGGAGUGUACAUGCUUUUUAAAACUGCCCCUUCUAAAAAGAGAAUUUUAAUAAUUGUGUUACUUUUUACAUUUAUGACUUACUUGUUUACCGUGUUUGGUGGGAGUUCACUUUUUACACUGUAUGAACUGGAUGAGCCACUCUGCUGGAAUGAAGUAUACAUUGGAUAUGGAGCAGCUGCAUUCACUUCUGUCUCUCUGACCAGUUUUUUAGGAGUUUACUUUUUUUCAAAAUGUCUCAAAGACAUUUAUAUUGUAUUUAUUGGGAUAUUUUCUUACAUUGGAGGAAUAAUCAUGGCUGCCUUUGCCAAAACGACCCUGCUCAUGUUUCUAGUAAGAGUGCCAUCUUUACUCUGCCUUAUGCCUGUUCCUGUUCUCCGAUCCAUGCUGUCAAAAGUGGUUCUCGCCAGCGAACAGGGUGCUGUGUUUGCUUGUAUUGCCUGUUUAGAAGUUGUGACCGGCACUAUUUCACUUUCAGUUUUUAAUGUUCUCUAUGCAGCUACCGUUGCAUGGUUUUCAGGCUUUAGCUUCCUCUUAUCAGCAGGCCUUUGUCUAAUUCCACUGAGUGCACUGUGCUGGCUUCUGUGCACAAGCUGGAAUGGGGAGGACUUGGCUCUGCUUGUACCUGACGAAGUAUCCAGCAUAGACAGUGUUGAUAGUUGAACAAAGGAUUCAGCUACCUGACUUAUCUGACAUGCAGUGGCAGAGACCACGUCAUAUCGAGACCACAGAGAUAACACAAAAGUUGCAGAUGAAAUCUACAACUGGCACUGAAUUGGUAGCACUCUAUAUCCAGUCUCUUUUUUUAGCACUUGAAUAAACAAUCUCCUGUACCUAACUGUGCAAGUAGGCUGGCAAUGGAGAUUUUCAUGCUGCUUUCAGCAUGGAGAAAAAGUAAGGUAGGCUGAUACUCUUCUGCCACUUACCCUUUCUCACGUUUGAAAACGUCAGCUGGGGAUUGUGAUACAUCUUGUGUCAUUCUAAGUGGGGUGACAGAGAUAAGUUUAUCAGCCCCUUAGCCAGAGGGUGUUGGCAGUUCUCCUGAAGCUGCUGGAGCUCGUGCCAGCUGUGCGCGCAGUCCACUGUGUACAUCUGAAAAGGUCUGUCUUAACUGUGGAAGCCCACAAAACUGUCUAAAAUUACUAAACCUAAAGGUACUUUUUUUCAGAAAGCAAACAAACUGGAAGCGGUACUUGUACCUGCUGUAAGGGGACUUACUGCUCUGCAGUUAGCAAAGAACGUUUGUGCAAGUUUAAUGUAUGAUGUGUGGACCUUGCCUGUGACUUAGUUCUUAAAAUGGAUUUUCACGCAGAACUGUCAUACUUAGAAAAUUUCCAGCUUGCGGAGUGUGAAGUUAGGCCUAUGCCUACAUUUUACAGAGGGCAUAUUGCACGUUUAUUUUUAGAUUAUAAAUUUCUCAUUGUUUUUAUAUAUUAGGGACUAUGUACAGACACCUCUAUUUUUUUGUCUCAUAGAUGUUUUCCAGCUAAGCUGGCCUUACUGAAGUUUCAUUUUUUUUUUCCUUGUGAAAGGGUGUAAUAACAUUAUUUUCAGAAGAUCUUUGAUUAUU